AUGAAUAAAAAAGAAAAAGAGAAUAAUAAUAGUAGUAAUAAUAAUAGUAUUCUUCUACCAACAAUAAUUCUACAAAAGAUUGUAAAGGAAUGUUUAAAAGAUGAUAGAUAUUUAUUAUCAUUCCCAUACCUAUUUGUAAAUAAGCAAUGGAAUAAAAUGUUUGGUAAUGAUAAGUAUUGGAGACUGUUGUGUACGGUACGAUGGAAGAGUCUAUCACAACUACCAAGUGACUAUGACAUCAAGACAACCUAUUUCGGCAAACAGCCAACCUUUAAACUACCAGGUUCUUACCAACAACACAUGAACUAUAGCUCAUCUCCUAAACCAAACCCUCACGGCUUCUUAAAAUCCGACAAGGGACAUGCAACACCACGGUUGUACAUGUACGGAGCAACUUUGAUCAUUCCUCCUCCAAAUGCCGUCGAAAAGAGUUGGAAAGAACUAUUCAAAGCAAGGUAUGGUCGUACAUUACAUCUUCGAAUACUACACAAUGAAAUGAAGAGUUCCAAUUGGUUGGAAUGGACAAAACAAGAGGAUGAAUGUUACGACAAACAGAAUCAAGUCAAUUUGGUAAAGAAAAUGGAACCCUACGACGAACAAGUUUUGGAUCGGUACAGACUGGGGAACAAUGACGAUCGCGUUUCCAUUGAUGACGAUGUUUCCAUUGAUGACGAUGAGGAUGCCAGUGAAACCCUAUUUGUCUUAGAGUCAGUAGUCUAUACAUUCCUCGACCAAACCGUUCAUCACAACUACAAAUUCCUCAAUAUUAUAACAGACGUCUGUGGGUCGAUCAUGUCAUGUGAUGGCAACAAGAGAAUACCAUUUCGUUUCCUCCUCAAACACCAAGACGGUCUCAUCUCACAAUUCGAUAAUGACGACCGUGGACAUAUGAUCAUUGGGUCUGUUGGAUUCAUGGAUUAUCAUGUCGAGGAACCAACCCCAAUCAAAGAAUUUUGGAGAAAAGUUAAACGACUCAUACAAUGGAAAGGUAGAUUAUCCAAUCUACAAAAACUCUUCCGAUCGAUUGUAAUCCCUAGAACCAUAGUCGAAUACUUCAAUUACAAACACAUUAAUCUUUUUUCAAAUGAUUAUUUUUAUAAUAUGGAUGAUGAUGAUGAAGAAGAUAGUGAUAGUGAUAGUGACAGUGAUAAAGAUUCUGAUGAAAAUAAGAAGAAGAAAAGAAAAACUAGAGACGAUGAUGAUGAUGAUGAUGAUGAGGAUAAUGAUGAGGAUGAGGAUGAAGAAGAAACAAUGGUAUUCGCACCACCACCCAAACCAUCAGGACCAAGAUUUAAAAAAAGACCAUCAGAUUACAAAAAAAAUUAA